GUGGCUGGCAUAAGGGAAGCUGCCUUACAGCAGCGACUAUUAAACGAGGAAAACUUGACUCUGCCAGCGGCAGAAAAAAUCAUUACAACAUGGGAAAUGGCUGGGGCAAAUGCCAGAACUUUGGGUGUUUCGGGUACUAUAGGGCAAUCCUUCAAUAAACUAUUAAACACUUAUGCUGUUGCAAACCAGAUUAAUGGUCAGAUUGCCUCUGUCAGAGGACCCGUAAAACAUAGGCUGGGGGUUAGGCCACAUAAUAAUGGAUUUUCUAACGAAAAAAGGGGGGCAAAUGAUAGAAAUUUAGGCGAAGGCUUCAGGUCAGCAGAUUGGAAAAGAAGGCGUCCUGAUUAUUCUGGUUACACUUGUGAUUUCUGUGGUGCCAAGGGGCAUAUCAAGCGAAAAUGUUUUAGAUACAUAAACCUCAGACGCAAUGCAGUCAACCUGGUGCAAUCUCCACAACCAGGACCCAGCACCGACACAAAUUUGAAUGAGCUAAUGAACCGAAUGACGACCAACGAUCUAGGAAGCGACGAUGAAGACGACAACAACGAGUCAGGUGAAUUUUCGUGCAUGUUAGUGACGUCAAUAAACAGAAUAAGUGAGCCAUUCUUGAUUGAUUUAGCCAUCGAAGGGCAUUUAGUUACAAUGGAAGUAGAUUGUGGGUCUGCAGUAUCGGUAAUAAACAGAGAACAGUAUUUGAAUCAGUUUGACAAACCUUUGCAAAAGUGCACGAAACAAUUAAUUGUAGUAAAUGGUGCUAAACUGAAAAUCGAGGGUGAAGUUUUAAUUACCAUUGGAAACGUCCCGGUCAUGGCUCAUCGCAACCAGCUAAGAGUCAGUAAAAGCUCAUCAUAUUCGCUUCGGCCCAAGAUCUCCAUUUCGAUGAAGGAAGUUGGAAAGUCACCCAGGGGUGAAUCGCGCCUGGACAAUAAUGGACUUCCGGUGGUACUUGUUCGGGUUGAUAGAGGACAGGACGAAUUACACUCGAGCGAUGGGGGCAGGCUAAUCCCUGAUAUUCCCAUUCGAAUCAAUCAGGAUGGUAACGAGUCGCGAUCCGGGGAUGGAGGCAGGGAACUCCCUGAGAAGGCCGUUCGAAUGAGAAGGAAGCGUAAGCGAGAUACACGGAUAAAGGAGCCUGUAAAUGACGAUCUACGUAGGUCGAAGCGAGUUAAAAUGAUGAAUAGAAACAGUGAUUAUGUGUAUGAUAAAUGGUAGCGAUGAAUUAUGUAAUCUACAAUAUCUGAGUUAGACUAUAUGUAGAUAUCAAACGAAUUGUA